AUGGCGGCCGCUUGCAGGGUUCGAAUGCAGGGUAGGGAGGAGAGGCGCGGCUGCCCGUGCAAUGCGACCUUGGUGGGGAGGAAGUGGGGUCCGGCAUCGGGGAGGAAACAGCGAGCGGGGCGGCCGGUGAAUUAGGCGGAGGAGGAGGAGCAGCUGCUGCUGGGGCUGGUUAGGAGAGGAAGAGGUGUCGCCUAGAGAGCUCUGUGGCUGUGCUGAGAUUCCCAGCCAGGGCCCAGGGCUCUACCCUACAGUAUUUGUUUUACAUGUCACUUUUUGGUCCAACUCCCCCCAAAAACAGCGGCGAGCGGCAGACUCAGACAAAAUCCGCUGCAUAUAUGCCGUCGAUCAGCUGGCAAGCAAAACAAUGCAGGGCAGCAAAGCCCCCGGCCGGCACAGGAGAGUCAGAAAGAAAGGCUUCCCAGGCUGGAGGAUUCUGUUGUUCUGCCCUUCGUAAAAUAUGGGGGCUGAAACAGUGAACAUUUGUAAAUAAAAUAUGUGUUGUUCCCCACCGUUAGGUGAGAUAAACGGAAGCAAAGGAGUAAUGGGGAAAGUAUACUUUGGCUGUACACACACCAGGGCACUGAUACAUAACGGGGAUGAUUUUUUGUGUGUGUUAUCCACACACUAGCACUUUCAAUUUUAUGCCUUUUUUCCUGUCCACACUAGUGGGUGGCUCUUGGUGGAAUAUAUUCACACUUUAUGUGGUUGACCCUCCUCUCAAUUAGUAUUUCCCUGUCCUCCAUGAGUUUUGGAAACCGGAGGUCCACUGUAGGCAUGCAUGCAUGCAGGAAUUUAUUUAGCCAUCCACACACACCUUAAGAAAAUUGUCUGUGGGAUAGCCUGACAAGCUUUCCACCAAAAACAACUUUUCAGGAAAGUUUCAAAGUGGGCAAAAUGACCAAUGAUUGAUUGAUUGAUUGGAUUUUUUUAAUACAAGGUUGCUUUUUUAAUCUACCAGAUGUGUGCAAAAAAGCAGGUUUUAAAAUGCUCCCUGUUUGUUGUGCCAUGCUGCAACAACAGCCCAUGGAGGAGCACUUGUAAAUCACGGCCAGGUAGGUGAGGGCACAGACACCUCCAAUCCCCAGAGCCUUGUUUUUAUUUUAAUAGAGCUCCUUUGCACUUCAGCAGCUCUGUGAAGAAGAGGACAGCCAUGCCUGCCAAAGUAUUCUUCCAUGGAAUUUGUUCAAAGCACAGAAGCCCUAUUAAUUUUCUGCAUCUGACUGGCAUUUUAGUCUCCUGCCAGGAUUCAUUAUACCAGAAUUGUCCCAAGGAUCAGGCACAUUAAAAGACACUUUGCAAUAUGCUCACAAACACACUAUGGAUGACCUCUUAAGACAGCUUAGUCUGCAGUGCAUUCUUGCUUGGGAACUUUGCUGAGGCCCAGCUAGAAGCACAAAUGCAUAGGAUCAGACCACUAGGCACAUUUUCAUGUACAUAAACUAAAAGGGUCAACGUUACUCAGUGAGUUUAGGACAUAGCAUUGGUGGAUAAAUCUAGAUGAAAUGUUUAAAAGUACAAUUUCACUAUAGUGUGUCUCCUUUGCAGGCCUCUUUUCUGCCACUGUGAACCGAGCUGUAGGCUUAGGUGUGCCUUUCAGAACUCCUACCCGAUCCUUCCACAGGAGCUGCAGGGCUUUGGAAGAAUUACAGACAAAACCACAGUCUGGUGGAAAGACCUAUGAACGUGUGGAAUAUAUUCCCUCAGGGAGGAAGGGCAAGAACCCCAUGAAGGCAGUUGGCAUUGCUUGGUGAGCAUCAUUUCAUCAGUUUGUUUUAUGAUCUCCCCAGGUUAGCUGUCAAUCUUGCAGCCUACAAUGCCAGGCAACUCAGUUUGAUGCAAACGCUAAGGAACCCUUGAAUAUAUGGGCUGAGUAUGGGAGUGGAAGGAUAUCAGGCUGUGGUGUAAGACUGAAUACUGAGCAGCCCCAAGCAAAAUCUUCCUGGGAGCAAGUUGUGGCUUAUAUAUUCUUUGCCUCUUUCCAGGGCCAUUGGUUUCCCUUCUGGCAUCAUCCUCUUCCUCCUCACUAAGCGAGAAGUGGACAAGAACCGUCUGAAGCAGCUGAAAGUCCGCCAGAAGAUGAGGGCAUCCAAUGAGGGAGAGUAUGAAAGAGAGCGAUACAGGACGGCAUUGCGAGAAACAGAGGGACUUGCUCAAACGAAGUCCUAG